AUGUCAGUCGACCCUCGCCUGGCCAGAAGGCAGGCUGCAGCUGCGGCAGCCGCUGCUCGUACUUCGACACCGCAGCCUGCUCCUGCGUCUGCACCACCAGUCGCCUCGCCACCUGCCACAUCACAACCAGUCCAACCAGUUCAGCCGGCUCAGCAAGCGGAUGGGCAGACAGAGGUCUCGUCACCACCAAAAGAUUCGUACAAGCUCAAGUUCUGCACAGUAUGCGCUUCGAACAAUAAUCGCAGCAUGGAAGCACACCUGCGUCUCUCGACUUCACCCAACGCCUACCCUGUCAUAUCCUUUGGUACAGGUCACUUCGUCCGCCUCCCUGGUCCGUCAAUAUCGCAGCCACAAGUCUACACGUUCAACAAUACUUCUUACAACAAGAUGUUUGAGGAGCUGCAGGCACAAGACGAGAGGCUAUACAAGAACAAUGGUAUUCUCAACAUGCUCAACAGGAACCGCGGUAUCAAGUGGGGCCCGGAACGAUUUCACGACUGGAACGCUGGUGCAGCUCGGAUAGAGGCUCUCAACCGCGGAGACAAGGGCGCCGUCGGUACAGAAGGCGGUGUGGUCGACGUGAUCUUCACUUGCGAAGAACGAUGCUGGGACGCAGUUGUGGAAAAUCUACUCGAAAGAGGCGCUCCUCUCAACAGACCUGUACAUGUCUUCAACGUGGACAUCAGGGACAACCACGAGGAAGCUCUGGUCGGAGGCGGCGCUAUCCUAGAGCUGGCCGACAGUCUCAACGAGGCCGCAAUUCAGGAAAGGCAGGCGCACGGACACUCGGGAUGGCAAAAUGGCUCUGGCCCCGCCAGGUCCAGCUUCGACGAACGCGUUCCGGACAUACUGGGCGCCUGGCAGGAGAAGUGGCCCAACCUGCCUGCAUUGUGGACUUUGUCCUGGCUGUGA